GCGUGUGUGUGAGCCCAUUCGUCCGUUGGCCGCUCGCCUCGAACGUCGAUCAACUUCUUCUCGGGCAACUUCGUAAAACUGCAAGUCGGUAAAUGACGACAGCUUUACAAUCCCCGCAGCUACCUUGAAUGAGAGAGACGAUGUCCCCCGGGCGGGAGUCGCUCUUCUCGCUGGAGCUGCUGGUGGAGCUCAUGGUGCUGGACGCGUCGCGGGCUCCAUGCGUCUCUCCCGGCGUGGCGCUGCGACUCCUCGACUUCCCCACGCUCAUGGUGUACGCGGCUGGCAAAGAGAACAGCAACAGCAUCGCCAUCACCGGCGGCAGCAAAGGCGGCGGCGGCAGCAACGUGAAGGAGUUCCACUUUGCCAGGGGCAAGUCCUGCCUCUUCAAGAUGUGCCCGCACUCUCUGCGUGCCCACUUGUCCACAGCGCCCCUGUACGCCAUGGUGGUUGACGUGUGCGGCGGUGGUGAUGGUCCGGCCACGCCGGCCCCACCCGGGCGGGCACCUGGGAGGCGGCCGGACCUGGGGACGGGAGGAGCACGCGCCGAGGCUGCGGAUGAGAGACCGCUCGCCCCGUUGCCCCGCCUGGUAGCCACCGCGUCGGUGUCCCUGGCUGGUGUCGUGGACCAAGCAAACGGUGGCGGUGGCAAGAGAGGAGUGUACGACCUCCGAGACCUCAUGGGCAGUGACGUCGGCCGCCUGCAUUUGGCUUUCAGGCUGCUGGACCUGGGGCGAUCGAGUCUGCUGCCACACCUGGGACAACACCUGGAGCCACGCCUGGGACCACACGUGGCCCUCUCAGAGACCACCUCGUGGGUGGUGAAUAGGGGUCCGGCCACUGGGAGUUGGAGCGCCACUGGCCUGGUCUCCACCGAAGACGGGGCAGGGGUGGCCAGCAAGUCGGUGGCGAUUCCUCGGGGACGAGGACACGCGGAGGUGACCUCUGCAGAAGAUAACGACGCGGCUGUGAUAAUGAAGAGGGCAUCUGCUGGUGCCGAGGGAGAUGGAGAUGUUCACAACAGGGGCGACGUGGUGGCCGUUUCCACCGUGGAUCCCGCAGCCAAGUUCAAAGUGCGUGCUGGGUCGCAGGACCGGCGUAAACUGACCCAGCAGCAGAAAGCGAAGGCAUCGGAUGAAGAAGAUGAAGCAUUGACUGAGAGCGGCCUUGCGGAUAAUGUGUUUUGCCCUCCUCCCCUUUUCUACAGUCAUUCGACCGAUGAUUGUCAAGAAAUUGAUGGCGUUAAUGUGGAACAAGCAUAUUUGGAAGAGCUGCCACAGGCAGCUGUGAUUGAUGAAGGUGAUGUUGAAGACGUCUCUGUGGAGGUUGGGCCACCAACGGGACCAGUUGAGAAGCAGAUUGAUGAUGCUGCCUCUGUCCCCCAGAAACCGAACCCCUCCGCUAGGGCCAGAGUUCAGGUGUCCCAGAGAGAAAGCACCGGUGCAGUUGGCAGUGCUCUAAGUCAGUUGCCUCUGUUGAGUGCUCUGCUGACUGAACUGGCCUUGUUAAACGGCCAAGGUGCACAGCUGGGCAACCUUACAAAUGUACAGCAGGGAUUUCAGAGGCUUGGUCAGCAGAGGGACACUGGACUCGUGCACACAGAGCGCCAGAGAGCGCGCCAACAUUCCCCAGUCGCGGCCAACAACAGGCAAUUGUCGGCGUCGACAGAGGGUCGACGGUCCAUUACACCCACGCGGCAAAGGAGACCGAAAUCUGUUUCUCCAAAGCCGAAAGCCAGUGCCAAAGUAAAAACGCAACGUGGCGUUAAGGAACGGGAAAAGUGCAACCAGCCACCUGAGGUGAAGAAAAAGAAGCUCAUGUUCGGGAUUACGAACACCCUCCGACUGCGUUUGCAGAAAACCAACCCUGGCCUCCUUUUGAAGCAGGAGAGAAUGGAGGCGCAACGAAAGCGAGAGAUGGAACGCCUCAAGCCAAAAGCUGGGAAGUUCGGAAUAUCUGCCCCAAAGGGACGGUGUGGAAAGAAAUCAAAGCAACCCCAUCGCCAAAACACACCCAUCGAUGAGUACGUAGAAACAUUAAUAGAAAGCAGCCUGGAUGUGGAUUCCCCUCGUUCAGAAAAAGAAGUUCAAAAACUUUAUACGCCAAUGCCCGUCGCCCGAGCACGUCUGGAGAAGAUAGCCGAAGUGGACAGCAGUUCAGGCCACACAUGGAGCCACCAUGAACUACCGCCGCCGUUAGAUUCUUCAUUAAAGGACUUGGAGGAGCCUGUCUUUGAUGCCAUGCCUUUGUCGAUCAGAGACCUUGAGGUGAAGGCAUCAGGUGGUGCAUUAUCCGUGCGACUACCUAGGGCACCAUCACAUCACUCGCAGCCCAGUUGGAAUAGUGAUGAUGAUGAUGAUGAAUUUGAACAUGGUUAUGAGUUUGAGGUUGAUAUUCCCCCUGCAGUUGUAGGGAGGAUGACGCAAGAGGAGCAGUCUUCUAACCGAGAGUGGGGUGAUCGGGAGAGAGAGAGUCCCGUAAAGUACAGUGACGACUACGCCAGCAGCCACACCCCCACUUACUCCGAAGACUUUGCUUCAAGUCCAGAACCCACCAGCCGACAAUCGAGUGCAUUUAAGAGCAGCCCAGAGCCACGUGCACUUUCCCGCGCACCAGAAUCCGACGCAGACUCCACUUCGACAGAGUCCGAUCACAAUGUUGUUCCAAAGAAGUCAAAAAAUGUAUUGCGAGAGACAUUCGUCGUGAAGAAAUUCCAAGAGUUUUCGGAAAGUUUAGAGGACAAACAACCUGUUGAGGAAAAGGGGAGAGGCAGAUCAGUAGUUCGUGAGGAUUCGUCUGAUUCGGAUCGGUCUGGCCUGUCGGAUCGCUCCACUGAUCGAUGGAAAGGAAGUCAAAUGAAUCACAAGUUUGUAGGUACAGUGCCAUCGGUGAAACCCGCUGUCAGCCCCAGGGUGGCCUUGCUUCGGAAGAUAUCGACACUGGAGAGCUCUUCUCUAGAAGGGAGUCAAUCACUCCACACUUCUCAGGUGAGCUCGUACGUUCCCUCCAACCUGUCGGACCUGGAGAUGUCGAACCCAAGUGCCCUGCAAGAGGGAGGGCGAUUGAGCAGCCUCGACACUCUGGAUGAGAACCUCCCGAAGGCAAUCUCUGAGCUCAAGUUGGCUGCCAAGCUUCCUGGGUACACCAUGUGAAAAGAAGGGCCUGCAUUUCAUUCAGAGGGGCUCACGACCCCCGUAAGGACUAAGCUGCUAUUUUGGUGUUUAUAUUGUCCCAUCGAACGUCAACUGUGGACUCUGUGUAUGCUACCACUACACUAAUUUGUCUUUGUAUGGGAGGAUAGUGCCAGAGAUGAGUACAAUGCGUUGAUAAGAGGGCGUCUUGUCAAAUUGUCUUCAACACAUUUAAAAUAUGAUUUUGAUUAUCCGCUACAUUCCAUUAAAGGAUUCAAUUAUCGUAGCAUUAAAAUAUGGUCAUAUUUUUGUCUGUGAAUGUGCCACUUAUUUAGACAGCUCAUCUGCUGCGAUUUGAAUUAACUGUGGAUCGGCUGGAUCAAGUGUACAACCAGAGUUGCAGACAAAAGUGAUGCGGAUAAAUGUACUGUAGUUUUGGAUUGAGAAAAAUAGCCUUUUAUAUGAUGGCAACAAGAUAAUUGAUGUUUGUGUGCGUGUGGUGUUUGUAUUAAUUCAUCUUAGUUGAUUUUUAUAUUUACCAUCCAUCAACACUAAUUUAUUAAAAUGUAUUCUAAGAACAAUUCCUUGCGUGAGAUGUAAUGUAUUUUCAUAUGUUAAUAAAAGGCAGCUUGUCAGACCUUAUAAUC